AUGGCAGACGAAAGGAGCAGUCGUCUCUUCAAACGAAUAUCUCAUGCAGGCUCAUUUUUCACUAUCAAAGUAAGUACCAGGAGCCAGAUUAAUCCCUUCUGCCCGAUCAGAGCUCCAAGGAAGAAAAGUACACUGAAGUGCAGUUUCCUUUCUGCCAGUGGGUGCUUCCAAAUGGCAGCUUUGAAGGGGUGUAUUGUUCUAAUCCAGCAAAAGUUUUUUUAAAAAAAUGAUAUUUAUUGAAAAAAGAGUUUUUUUAAAAAAAUUACACAAAAGAAAAAACAAGACAGAAAAAUAAAAAAAUAAAAUAAAACCACCAUUCUCCAAUUCUCCACUUUCAAUACCUUCUUUCCUUGACCUCCUCCUCCUCCCUUUUCCUGUAUCCUGUUUUAUAAUAAUCACAGCAAAUCCUUUCCAUAAUUCAUAGUAUUCUGUCAUCACAUUACCUUGAUCUAUUUCAUCUUAUCUUAUAGAAAACCUUAAAGUUUAAAACUUAAAUCUUAAUUUUUACCAACUUCUCCUAAACCAUAACAUUCUUACCUAGUUCUUUAGACAUUUUUAUAAGAGCCAAAUAGUUUCAUUUCAACAUUUUCCUAACAUUCAUCAAUUUUAUAAGAUAGUCCUAAUGAUAAAAAUAAAAGAAAAAAGCAAUCCAGUCUUCAUCCAACGUCCCUUCCUCCUGGUCCCGGGUUUUGUCAGUCCUUUUUGUCCUAUUAAUCUAGCACAUUAACCUGGCAAUCUUAUAUCCGAGGCCCUCAAGUCUCUUCCAUGUCCCUUCCGUAACUCUUCUUUAUAUUUCCCUUUUAUUCGUGGGAACUCCAGCUUGGUAGUGUUUUUGACCCUUUUCAGCAAGACGAUCCCUUUUCCAUAGUCCAGGAUAGGCUUGAUGUAGUAUUUACAAGCAUGCUCCAGAUUCCCUUCAAAAUUGAGAGCCCCCACAGCUCCAAACAUCUGACGGCCCCUUUCCAGACUUGAAAAGUCCAAAUCUCCCUGUAAAGGGGGGUCUAUCCAACCCCCCAUUUCCAAACCAAACCAGAUUUUAUCUUUCCAAGUCUGGUUUUUUCCAAGUUCAUUUAUCAAAUCCAAGAGUUUAUAUUCCUGCUGGGCCGCAGCUCCCUCCGUCUCUGGCGCCCAAGAUUCAGCAAGGUCCUCUUCUUUCAGUUGUUCUGUCAUGGCAUGCUCCUGUUUUGAUUCCUGGGUGGGCUCCAUAUAGUUUCCCACUACCUGUUCAAAGGUUCUGGCCGCAUUAGUCAUGAAAUCCGUCUUCUGACUUAACUGAUCCAAUAGGGCAUUUAUUUUACAGAAAGCACCCAACAGUGCUUCCAAAUGGCAGCUUUGAAGGGGUGUAUUGUUCUAAUCCUGCAAAAGUUUUUAGAAAGGAUAAGCUGAAUAAAAAGGGAUGCACAAUGGAAACCAGCAAAGGGUGAAGGGAAGUCAGGGGAUUCUGAGAAUCCUAAAUAUAAAGGUGAUUGAUAUGUUUAAAUGGAAAUACAUCAUGUAAAAUUUAAUUUAAUUUUUUAAAAAAAUAAUAAUAAUAAUGUGAUUUUCAUUAGAACCAUAGCAUGCCAGGGCAAGGUUAACCAAUCCCCUCCUGUAGGAUGCCUGCUAGUUAUAGUUUUGUGUUUUCAAAAACAUUUUUAAACGAUGCACACAAUUUCAAACAGCACAUUUAACUUCACGACUGGUUUGGUGAUCAGUCCCCAGAAUUGCAGGCUUGAAAGGAUUUCAGGAGGUAGGACUGGAAAGGAUUCCUGCUGGGGCCCCUGGAAAGCUGCUUUCAGUUAGAGAAAGCAAUAUUGAGUUCAGUCGGCCUUCCCCAAGCAGGUACCCUCCAGAGGUUUUGCACUACAUCUGUCAACCCCAACCGGCACAUCUGCAUGGUGCUAUGACUGAUGAAAGCACAGCCAGGCUGGCUGGGGAUGGUGGGAGUACAGAACAACUGGAGGGUACCAGCUUGGGGGAAGACUAGGCAAAACAUCAGUCUGGUGCAGCAUGAGGCAGCUUCACAUGACAUGUUUUAAGUUUCUUCUCAAACUUCCAGAAGAGCUCAAAAUGAGAAUAAGCAGCUCAUGCUGUGGCCUUUUUGUGCCUGAGCUCUCAGAGCACAUCUGUUACCUGCUGGCUCACUUGACCUUCAGUGCCUCUCUUGCACUGGAAUCCAGAACUUGCUUCUAGGCACUUCAAAGCCACCUGCCCACCUGACCCUUUCCUGUGUCAGAGAGGAAGCUUGGCUGUUCCGGCAAGCUGGCUGCAACCCCAGGAACUCUUAUCUUUGCCUUUGUGAGCAAAAACAUUCCAAGCAGGUUGGAAGCUGCUGCUUCCAAGAUAGUGGACUUUUAAAAAUAGAUGUUCGUUGCAUGUGUAAAAAUGUAAAACACCCCGGGGUUGGCUCCCUGCUUCCCCUUUUCUUUAAACUGGGGUGUGGGGGCGAACUGUGGAGAAAAUGUUAUUCAGUUUGCAGUGAUUAUAAUUAGUUUCCACCUGGUAUUCAAAACUUUCCAAAUUUUGUGCCAUGUGCAGCGAGUGAGCAAUGAACGCACUGAGAUAAGGAAUGGGUUAAACAUGUCCACCAUUUUCUUUUUAAACAAUUUUUAUUGGUUUUUAAUCAAAUACAAUAACCAUUAAACACUUAUCCAGCAGUAUAGCUAAUGGUGUUUGUUUUAUCCAUUGUCCCUAAACAUACACUUGCACAUUCAACAUUCAAACAUAUUACUUAACAUCACCUCUCCGCUGAGAAUAUCCAGCGUUUGGUAUAAGAAGAUGUUGAUUUUGGUCAUUAAUAUAGCUAAAGAAAGGGGUCCACGUUUCUUGGAAGGUGUCUCUAUUUGUUUUGCCUUUAAUUGCCCUCCUUGUGUCUGGGAUACAGACAUUGCUGUAUCCCAGAUAUUGUUUCCCUAUAUGUUCAGGGAUAUUUCAAUCUGGCACCAUUUUCAUUUAUUAUAAUGAUAGUAGAGGUGUGUAUGGCAUAGGGCAAGGAUCCUACUCUCGGGCAGUGCCACUGCUGGCUGCUAUCUCACAUCCCACCCUGCUGACUCAGUCACCAUCAGGGAAUUGCCAGACACCUGGGCCCACCACUGAGUAGAUCAUUCUGGUGGGACCCUCCCCAUGCUGAGGAUGAGGCCUUUGUGCAGCCCCACUCAAGUCACCCUAUGGGGGUUCCCCCAGUCGAUUAUGGUUCCUUGUUAAUGACACACACACAUCCUGCCAUUAUUUCAAGUUGCAACAAAACAAAUCUAAUGAUAAUGGCACUUAAUUGAGUGUUCGAUAACCUGGCUGUUUUUAAGUCUUCCAGAUUAGUUGCUCACAACAGUUUAAAAGCCCACAAGAAUAAGUGGCAUGAAAUUAAAACACCUCUGAUCAUUUUUUUUAAAGCCAUGCACACAGGUUUUAAAGUCUGUGUCAAAUCAUCUUCUAACUUUAAGAGGGUAUCUAAAGUGAUGUUUGUAGGGAGCCACCCUUGAUUGUUGAGACUUGGUGUGUGACAGCAGAAAAGCACCACCAUUUUGAAAGGCAGCGUCAAUAUGUAACAUUAGUGUGACUAUCACACAUGCAGGUUCCCAUCUUGUAUUUAUUGCUCACAAGCAGUCUGUUUUUUGUGCAUUUGCACACACAGUUAGUGGCAAAAAACAAAAACCGCACUCAUUCCUUGAGCUCCCAAUCCCUCUAUUUUGCCUCAGACUAAGAGCCAUAUUACUCAUAGAAUUGUAGAGUUGGAAUAGACUGCAAGGGUCAACUAGCCCAACCCACAUGCAGUGCCGAAAUAAAAUUACUCUUUGGUCAGAGAACCCAAACAGAGAUUUUAAAUCACAAAACAUGCAGCAAAAUAAAGUGUGGAAAUGUAGGAUGGAAGACCUUUAAAAUAGGCCCUUGUGAGUUCCCAAACUUGCCUUUUCCCUGAGCACAGAAAAAGGCCACACCUUUGGUAAGUUAAAAAUGGUUUACUUACAAACCCUCCGAAGGUCAUAUUCUUGUGCUUUUCCAUACAGCAUUCAGAAAAAGUUGCACAGGCAGUAAAACUUGGCAUAUUUCCAAAGUGGUGAAAGUUCCUAAAUUAUUGGCACAGGAACUCAGGACUGGCUUGUAAGAGCCAUGCAGUCUGAGCUGCAGCAACUAGCUGAGACCUCCUCACACAUUGAGCUUCUCUGGAACAAAAGCUUGAUUAAUCAUUUCAUCCCAAAGUGAGGGGAGUGGAUAUAGCUAAGCCAGGCAGGACAGUGUACAGUAUUAACCCCUUCAUGCAUUAAUUAGACCUAAGCAUGUUGGUUAUUUGAGACUGGUUAUCCCACAGAUACAUCACAAAACAUGAUAGUUAGAACUGGGGUUUGGGACCACAGGUAUUUGUGACAGGGAAGGGAAAGGAGGCAGAGACUUGGCAGGUGGGUUGGAGAGCAGCUGCUGUGUGCCCUGCACAGACUACCUAGUAAGGAGCGAGUCAGGACUCGUUACUCCCAGUGCGGCAGAACAGCCUCAGGUUUCUCAGGUUCCAUUUUGAUUUUUGUUCAUUCUUUUUCUCUCCUUCUGCAGUUCUUCGUUUUUUGCCAGGGGUUUCUGCAGUUCUCUCAGCUGAUGACGUCUAGCCUUGUGAAAAGCUCCAUUUCCACAAUCGAGAAGCGCUUUGGACUGUCCAGCCAGAUGGCCGGCACCGUGGUCUCCUUCAACGAGGUACCACCUUUGCUCCUUGUCCAUCUUUCCUCCCCUGCUUUUAUCCUUUCAUAAGGAUGUGGCUUCCCCAAUGUCCUAAGAGGCCUCUCAACCUCUCAUCUCACUACCCAGGUGGGGAACACGCUGCUGAUCAUCUUUGUGAGUUACAUGGGCUGCAGAGUCCACAGGCCCCGCUUCAUUGGCUAUGGGGCCGUCCUCGUCUCCAUGGCUGGUCUGGUCAUGUCGCUUCCUCACUUUAUCUCAGGACCCUACGAAUAUGAUCGCUCCGUUACUGGUAAGGACUUCCUAUGUAUGAUUUCCUUGGGUACCUUUUCACCACGGAGGUUCGCAGUUGGAAUUGGGGAAACUGUUGAUUCAUAGAAUCAUAGAAACAUAGAGUUGGAAGCGACUCCAAGGGUCAUCUAGUCCAACCCCCUGCAAUGCAGGAAUCUCAACUAAAACAUCCAUGGCAGAUGGCCGUCCGAUCUCUGCUUAAAAUCACCACCUCCCGCGGGAGACCAUUCCCUUGUCAAACAGUUUACUGUCAGAUAGUUGAGGUAGGUAGCUGUGUUGGUCUGACUGUUGCGUUCGCAAAGUAAAGGAAGGAUUGAACUCUGAUUAAUAAGAAUACACACAGAGGCUUGAACCAGCAAGACUCUGGGAAGGGUGAGUAUAAUCGUGUGUGUCUCUGUGCCUGUCCCGUGUGCAGCCCCUGGCCCAGGUAGUUUUAUUCACAAAAGAGCUUUUUACAGAGUGUUCAUAAGAACCAAUCAGAUUUCUUCUGAGCAUUUCCACAAACCCACGUGGGGAGAAAGUUAAACUACUAAAACUAAUUAAGCACAAAUAUUUUUGGGGUAAACAAAGAACAGAACUACAAAGAAGAGCAUCUGGCAACCCCGGAGGUAAUAAACAAGCAAUACAUAUGAUAAGAAGGAUGGCCAGGAGGACAGUGACCAUUAUCCCCUUAAUGUGAGAUCUGCUUCCUGGCCCUAAGAUUAACAUCCUACAUCAAAUAAACUUGCCCACUAUCUUUAUGCCCCAGGAUGCCUGCCUGGCGAAGCAACUGCUGUGUACAUGACUUAUGAAGAGAGAGAAAUGGGCAGCAGAGGGAAAAGGGCAUGAAAAGGGCAUGAAUGUAGAGUCUUAUGGGAUUUAAUCAGAAAUUAUCGUCAAUAUAUCAAACCCAGUCAACACAAUGCUUUCAUCGUGGACACGAUGGCUUGAUGUAUAUUUUAUAAUUCCUCAUGGUAAUCCCAUCUGAUCCCUACACUGACGCAGUCGAAAUAAAUUAAAAAAUUGUCCAGUAGCACCUUAGAGAACAACUACCCGGUAAGUUUGUUCUGGGUAUAAGCUUUUGUGUGCAUGCAUCUGAAGAAGUGUGCAUGCACUCAAAAGCUUAUACCCAGAAAAAACUUAGUGGGUCUCUAAGGUGCUACUGGACAAUUUUUUAUUUUGUCAGAUCUUCCUGAUGUUUUGUUGGAAUCUCCUUUCUUGUAACUUGAAGCCAUUGGUUCGAGUCCUAUUCUUCAGAGCAGGAGAAAACAAGCUUGUUCCAUCAUCCGUAAGACAGCCCUUCAGAUAUUUGAAGAUGGCUAUCAUAUCUCCCCACAAUCUCUACCCAAAUCUCCUUGGCUAGCUUUUCAGUAUGGAGGUUCACAUUUGGAAUUGAGGGGGGAAACUAUUGAUUCCCACUCUCAUUUUGCAUUAGAAAACCACAGACGAUCAAGCCAAGAGUUGGACAUUGACACACACCCAAUUCCAUUUUUAUUUUAUUUUAUUGGUUUUUCAAUUAUGUUUUAUUAUACUUACUUACAGCUGUACAACAUAAACUUAAAUUCAUUGUUACCAAUAAACUAAUACAUUUAAAAACACACACACAAAAAAAACAUUUUGACAAUAAAUUCUCUUCUCAAGCUAAGUUAGAAUCUAUUGCCAAUUUCAGCUAGUCUGAUGGGGGGGCAAUAAUGAGGGUCUCACUGCACAUUCCAUUAAACGAAUAGCUUGAGACAGUGAUGAGAGUGGGUUUUCCCUUCUCUCCCGGUCCAUGAUUCAUAAGAACAUGGGAAGAAUCUGCUGGAUAAGGCCAGUGGCCCCUCGAGUCCAGCAUCCUGUUCUCACAGUGGCCACCCAGAUGCCCAUUGUGGGAAACCUGCAAGCAGGAUUCGAACACAAGAGCCCUCUCCCCUCCUAUCGUUUCCAAGCAACUGGUGGAGGCACAGCCAUAAGGGCUAGUAGUCAUCGAUAGCUCCCUCCUCCAUGAAUCUGCCUAACCCUCUUUUCAAGUCAUCCAAGUUGGUGGCCAUCACUGCCUCCACCAAACCUUCAACAAGCCUGCUGUUCCAGAACCGGAUGUGGAGACUGCAGCUGAAUGAGUCACAGCUCUAGGCAGAAUUUUGGUGCCGGCACAAGGUGUCACUGUAUUUGAGACCCAAAAGUCCACCAAUGCAGGGCCUUCUGGGCCAGUCUCAAAGACUUGGCAGUUUCUGAAGUAACCUGGUCAUAAGCCACCUAUCAGAAUGCUCCUCCUUGCACGACUGUGUGCUGCUGUAGCAUCCUUCCACAUAGAGGCUGGGUAAGAGAAGAUGGUAAGAGAACAGAAACCAGCUUUGUGUUGUUGUUGCUGUUGCUCAAUAGCUUUGUUUGCUGUGCCCAGUUCCAAAGGGAGUUUCAUCCAGCAGUAAAACAAUAGAUGGGUGUGGCAGUUUGAUAGCAUCUCCUUUUGCCUCUACAGGUUCUGAAAGUACCACUUCAGACAUAUGCCUCCCAAACCGGAAUGAGACAGAAGUAUGCACUAAAUCCGAAAAGAAAGAAACCCAAGUGGUUGUGAUGCUACUCUUACUUGGGCAGACCCUGCUGGGGAUUGGCGGGGUCCCCAUCCAGCCCUUUGGCAUCUCAUACAUUGAUGAUUUUGCCAGUAAGAGCAACUCCCCUCUCUAUAUAGGUAAGAUGCUAGAAACAAAGGCUAGCUGCCCAGGCUAGUGCCUUAUACCAUAUAGGCAUCUUGUCUUGAGUUGUGACCUGCAAUGCACCUGAGAAUGGAUGAAGGAGGGCCCUGAGCCAAGGAAAGAAGAGAUAAAGCAGCGGUUCCCAAACAGAUUGUCUGGAUGGACCACAAACAAGAGGCUUAUCCACUAAUCCUCUUGUCCCGCUGUUUUUCCCUGGGGAAAACCGCUUUUCAGCACUCAGAGCAAAUGGCAAUUCGAGUUUUCCCCAGAUGGAUGUUUGCUCCAGUUGAGCGCUAAAGAGCUGGUUUUCGCUGCGAACGGAGUGGAUCAAGGGGGAAACUGAAAGCUCGGGACAACUGGAAGUGUGGAGGAACCCAAAGGCCAAACUAGAUGUGUUAAUGUUAAUGUUAAUGAUGUUAAUGUUAAUAGCUGGGAGGAGGGAUUUUCAUCAGGCCUGCAGUGAGUAAGGAGUUAAACUUUUUCUUCUCUGUUGCAGUCCCAACAAAAAUUGCUCCCCUGUCGCAACCCCCGCAAAAUGAUUUACAAAACCAGCAGUCAAAGCAUAAAAUAAAUUUAAUCAUAAAAUAAAACAGCUGGCAGGAAAUGAACCUUGUAGUGGGUGCUACAGUUGAACAUGAGGCUGCAAGAGGCCUGUCCGGAGGCUGGCUUUACAGUUUACUUUUUGGGUUGAAAGGGACCCUUAUCCCCAGGCAAUGGUGGUAUGUGUGUGUGGCUUUUUCUAGGUGAUCUCCUUUCCUUGAGUAGAUGCUGACUAUGUUUGUGAUUUUUUCAUUUUACCACCAGGCCUUUAGUUAGCAGGAAGCUUCCCACCACCGCCACCAUACUAAAUUUACCUUUUUAGUUAGCCUGGGCAGGAAUUUGCCACCUUUUGGUUGGGUGGGGGUACAGCAGCCUCUGUCUGGAAAAUUUAAAACAUGGCAUGGACUUGCCACUGACCUGGAUAUGCAUCUGCACAUACACCGAGCCAUCUACAAGACUGGGAUGAUGCAUACAUACCCAAACCGAAUCUAGGGUUGGAAAUCCCCUGGAAAAGUGAGUUGUGUGAAUCCACCUCAUUAUUCCAAUCCCACUUAGAGGAUAAACUGUUUAAAUAUUUUACCACAAUCAGGGUGGUAUAUACAGUAAAUGUUAAAUAAACUCGCUGGGACAAAUUUUGAAAGAUGCUUAGUGGGCUUGCUACUUGAGCAGAAGUUCUGUUUCCUUUUUUACAGGAAUCCUCUUUGCUGCAACUACAGUGGGUCCUGCGUUAGCAUUCAUCGUGGGGGCAGCUACGUUGCGCUAUUUUGUUGACAUCGAUAAAAUUCCCGCAGGUGAGUUAACAAAUGUUCUGUGUGAGCAUCUUUGUGAGUGAGUAAAUCUCGCAGACACAGAAGGAAGGAAGUGUGGGCCAGAAUUUGUGCUUCUGCUCUGAUGUCUACCACUAUGUCUGGUAAUUGUGUUCUUCUUCUUUGGCGAUCACUCGUAGCCGAGUAAGAUUGUCUUCCAUAAACACGGUUUUAACAAUGAGUCUGUAAGUGAAUGUGUACUUAGCUGAAGUCAGCACUACUGACCUUCCUGUGUCUCAGAGUGGAGGUUUAUGACUUCAGUCCUAAGCCACCGGGGUUCAGAUUUCAUAGAAACAAAUGUACACAAAGACAGGCGAGCAAAUGGAAUCUGCUAGUGUAGGAGAUGGGUUUAAAAGAACCAGGGCUCACUGAGCAAACGACGUCCUUCACGGGAAGCCACUACAAGAUGUGCGGGAUUAUAGGAUGUCAAACACAGUUUAAAAUGAAGAUAUUUGUGCCCUGACCCCAUAGACAUGCAUAGCACAUUUCACCAGGGAUUUGAUUCCCUCUAAAAGGGAAAAAAAUAUUGAACUGAUACUCAUAAUCAUAAAGGAUAUUAUUUUUAUUCACCAAACAAACAAAAGAAACUAAAACUUAGCUAAGCACUGGUUUUUAAAUUAACAACUAAACUUUCCCUGAAAAAUACCAACUUUAAAAUUAGACAACAAAAUAUUAUUUUGCUGUAGUGAUAUCAGGUGUUGCUGUAGUGAUACAGUCAGUUUUCAUGUUCUUUAUCUUUAAACAGAUAAUGAGCUAACCCAAAUUGACCAAAACAGAUUAAAUUUUCUUCAUCUUCCUGUUCUAGAGAAUGAGAAGUCACUCACCAGGUGUAAGCAAAAUGUGGUGAGUGGUGAGAUGGAGACAGAGCCAUGCAACAGAGAUGCAGGCAGAAGAAAAAGGCCAGAAUGGAUCUGCAGCUUCCACCUGUGCCACUUCCAGAGACAGACACAGGCAGACACCACAGAUCUAUUCCAGCCUUUUUAUGCCUUAAAAGGUGGUGUAAAAGCAAAUCUGGAUGAGCCUGAGUCUAUGUUCCUGGCAAAAGGGGUAGGCAGCUGUUGAGGCCUCUGAGAGUUGUGCUAUCAGCCACCAAAGCACCAGCGUAUCUUUGAGCUCUUCCAUGUGCUUUGUGUUUCAGCGGACAUUCACAUUAAUAGCAAAGAUCCACGAUGGGUUGGAGCCUGGUGGCUCGGUUUCAUAAUUUCCGCCAGCGUGGUCGCCAUUGCUUCAAUACCUUAUUUCUUCUUUCCAAAAGAGCUGCCUAGAGAGGUAAGGACACGCUUGAGAAUAGCUCUUCUCAAGGCACGAUCUUUUUCGUCUUGAAAUGGAAAGUAAGGCAAUUCAAAACACUGGCGCAUGAGCCACUUCGGCUUAGUGGGUAGGGUGCUGGGCUUGGACCAGAGACAUCUGAAUCCAGAUUUGUGCCCUCCUGUAAAACAACCAUGGUGCUCUAGGGCCAAGCCCUGUCUCAGUCUAACCUUUUUAACCCACAGGGUUGUGGACAUUUUUCUUGCAUUCCAAAAUCUUAAUAAUUUCCAUUACUUUCCAUUUAGAUAUAAUAAUUCCUUAUAUAAGAGCUACAAUCUUGUGAUUUCAUUCAUGUUGGUAUAUUAGGUAAUUUAUGACGUUCCAAGUGAGGAACUCUAAUUGUAAUCCUUAUUCUUUCUUGCGUGUGACAUUUUCCUCCCCCCAACCCAUGAUGUUUUCCUGUCCAUAUGGUGUUAUAUCCUUCAUUAUUACAACUGUUUAUGGUUCCCGUCAUGUCUUGGGAGAAGUGGUUAUCUCAGUUUCCAAAAGUCACUGCAUCACUUCGUCAAGCCAUCUUCACCAUUUUUCCAGCCUAGGAAGAACAGUCUGAAUUCAGACUGCAAAUAGUUAAUCCAAAAGCUUCUAUUCCCAUAGCUGGUAGACUCCUUUCUUCCCUGCUGCUGAUUUAUGGCCAAUUGUCCUUAUCUCAAACACAUUCCUUUGUGGAUAAAGGAGGUUAGAGAGGACUUUGCUCCAUAUUUUCGAAGCAUAGUGUUUUUCCCCUCCCUUCCCUCUCAGUUCCUUUCUCUCAUGCAUGUGCAGUUCCAGUUUUGUUAAAUUCCAUAUUUAUAUUCCAAUUUUUUCCUUCCACACUUGUACAGAUUUUUUUUAAAAAAAAAACACCCUGCAUUCAGGGGCGGGUUGCCAUAUCAUAAAUGUAGAGAAAAACUUUGAUAUAAGCAAAGCGUGAGCUCCUCUCCCCGCAUUGUCUCUUUCACCGAAUGAAAUCCCCUCUCAAUCUAAACCUUUUAAAUCCUUGUAGCUGGGUUCAUUUUCACAGUUUUUAAUCUCACCAUCUCUAGAAGGCGCCUGUAGUUUAUUCCAAUUAAACAAACCCAAUUAGCAGGAUAACCUGUGCUUCCAGGAAAGGGAUUGGGGGGGCGGUCGCGGUAGCCAAACUACUCCAUGCACCCAGUGCCUUUGCCUGCCCUCACAUUCCAUGAGGAAGAGAGUGCCAGACCGCCAGGCAAACUGUGGGUGAGAGCAAGGUCCCUCUUCCAAUCAAAGAGGAAUGCAGAAAAUGCAAUUCCCCCAUCAUUUUCUGAUUAUCUCCGUCUGUCUCGCUCCACGGUGUUGGGAGAGGCGUCCAUCGCCUGGCACACAGGAAACAGGAAGCCCAGACAAGCCAUUCAUGAGUAGGUGCACCGUCAAACUUCAAGUCGUGAAAGUGGAAGCGGGUGCGAGUCUCACGACAAAGUAUGCUGGCCAUGUGGCAGAAGGAUGGCUGAGUUUCUAUCUUUGUGUCCUGUGUGAGAGACAAGGAAGGCCCAAACCUUUUAGCUGCUUAAAGUGAAGGAGAAAAUGGUGCCUCCACAAACAACGUACAGAAGACCAGUCAUUGAAUGUUACUUCAUCACUGGCAAAUAGACAGUGUCCUCCUCUACACUUGAGGGCAGCAGACUAGCUUAGGGAGCACAGAGCAGGCACAUCAGUUCUGUUCACUCCCUGACCUUCAGAAUCUGCCACCUGAGGUGGCCACCCCACUUUGGCUAAUGGUAGGGCCAGCCCUAGGGACGUGGGUGGCGCUGUGGUCUAAACCACUGAGCCUCUUGGGCUUGCCAAUCAGAAGGUCGGCGGUUUGAAUCCCUGUGAUGGGGUGAACUCCCAUUGCUCGGUCCCAGCUCCUGCCAACCUAGCAGUUUGAAAGCGGGAAGGUAAACAACGUUUCCAUGCGCUGCUCUGGUUUCGGUGUUCCUUUGCUCCAGAAGCAGCUGAGUAAUGCUGGCCACAUCACCUGGAAAGCUGUCUGUGGACAAACACCGGCUCCCUCGGCCUAUAAAGCGAGAUGAGCUCCGCAACCCCAGAGUUGUCUGCGACUAGACUUAACUGUCAGGGGUCCUUUACCUUUACCUUUUUUUAGUGCAGCGGUUCUCAACCUGUGGGUCCCUAGAUGUUGUUGGACUACAACUCCCAUCAUCCCUGAGAUCUGGCCUUGCUAGUCAGGGGUGAUGGGAGUUGUAGUUCAACAACAUCUGGGGACCCACAGGUUGAGAAAGGCUGUUUUAGGGCCAGCCCUGGUGAGAGAACACCAGGAAAUAGAACACUGAAGCAAAGAAAGAAAGGUGAUGAGUCACAGAUAUAUAUCUGAUCCAGAGGCAUUCUUAGAGAAGGUGAAGAUGGGCUGUGAAGGGUGGCAGUAGGGGAAGUCUCAUUUGUUUGCUAAGUUGCUUCCCCCUUGAUUAUGAGCAGUUUCUCCAAAAGAUCAGAUCAGGCAAACACAAUCUUCUGCUGAGGCAGAAAUGCUUGCUUUUGUGAGCUCUGCGGAGUGAUCACUGGCAAACAGUUUGCUGCGAGAAGCGUGAAGGAGAAGCAGCGUUUUGAAAUGAAUUGCUCUUUUUCCAGUGAGACAUAAAGCCGAGACCCUGGUUGCGCCUGAUUGUUAACAAUCCCUUGGCAUGCGCUGUAAGAGCAGCAGUGAUAAGUUUUGAUGUCCUGGCCACUUCCCAAGCUGGGUAAUUGCUUUUUUCCUGCCUCCGCUCCACCUGCAUUUCUCAGUGGAAGCCUCAGCCCAAGUGGCCUGCAAAGUUUCAUCACGAUGCAAGAAGCCCCAAGAGAAUGUCCUGUGUGACGGUCAUGGUUUCCUGCUCGUGAGGAGGGGUCAAACUGAAGCUGAGGCAGUGGUAGGGGGAGACAGAUGCUUAACCCUUCCCUGUCCCUCUGGUUUUCUGAUGCAACUGCUUUCCCCAACUGCAUUCCAGACAUGUUUACCCUCGCAAGCCUUUGUAGGGUAAGGUUACCAGAUUUCCCCCCAAAGAAUCCAGGGACACUUUUUAAAAAAGGGGGGGGGGUUAUUAAAAAAAAAAAGUAAUCUCUUCUGUGGUCUCCUCUGUUGUGUAGCCUUCCUCUGGGCCCCACUUGCUCUCUUGGGGUGCUAGCCACCUUGGAGUAGGCUCAGGUUGGGCCUGGCCUUGACCACGUGUCCUUGCCCUCCCGGUGCUCUCCUACCUCUCCUCCUUAGCGGCGGCAACAGCAGCGUGGCCAGGUCGGGGCUCCCUCUUUUUUCUUCUUCCUCUUUUUCUCUUUCUCUCUCUUCCUUCUCCUCUCUUCCUUCUCCCUGCAUCGGCUCCAGGGUUUUCCUGGCCCCGGAGCGCCGCUGGGCUGUCAGCCGGGUGGUUGGGCGCUUUCACACCCGGCUUGAUUUGGGUUGCGGGGGGGGGGGUGUCCAGCGGUUCCCCCUUGGCAGCAGCAGCAGCGGCAGUCUCAGCAGCCUGGAGCCAGCCUGGUAGCGCAGUUGGCUCUGGCUGGCUUCAGGAGCUGCUCCUGCCGUGGCGCCUGCCAUUUUGCCUGCAACAUUCAUUCCCUACUAAUAAAUCUACAACACUUAAAAUAUAAAUCCGGGGACAUUAAAUGAAAUUCGGAGACAUUCCGGGGACAGGUUUUGGCCAGGGACAGAUUUGUAAAUCCGGGGACUGUCCCUGGGAAACAGGGACGUCUGGUAACCAUAUUGUAGAGGUUGGGGUGAGCAGCAGUAGAGGAAAGAAGUGAUUUCAGGAGUGGGGGGUUAAGCAUUCUCACCUGCUGCUUCUCCAAGUCUCUUCCUCCUGACGCUGCUUCCCAGAACAAGCCAUUGCCAGGGUUUAUACAUAUACACACACUUCCAUGUAAUGAGUGUUUUAGCUUUCAUAGUAAACCAACUGUACUUGUACCGGCCAGAUUCAGCAUUCAGCUACUAAGUGCCAUGAAGCUGAGAGCCAGGCCAGCUAAAUGUCACUUCACCAGAAAGACAACGCAGGCAUUAACCUCUCCACGGAAGGAUAUUUAAAUGGAUCUUUUCUGCCUUUAAGUGGAGUGCUGACUUUGCUGCAUCCAUUUGAUUUUAUGCCAUGCUAUUUGCACAGAGUCAAAUUGAUUUGCCCCUAGGGAAUCUCGGGGACAGGGCCGUCCACUGUAACAAAGUCCACAGAGGAGAUCCAAUAGCCUUAACAAAGAGAAGGACAAAAACUCUCUUCUAGCCUUUUCCUUGGCAAAAUAGCGGAUUUGAGGAGAACAAGAUUACAAAAGCAGCAGAGUGAUAAAAGGAUGUUUUAUGUUGGUGACCUCACUGAGUCUUCGGAUUUCAAUCUCCCUUUCUUGGGCCAGGUUAUUAAGCAGGUGGUUAUGGACCAGGAGGAGGAAACUGAUUUUCUAGAUCCAUUUCAAUUGGGGUUUAGGCCCAGUUUUAGCACAGAAACUGUUUUGGUCAUUCUCUAUAUGAUGACCACUGUUGGGAGGGAGACAUGGGAAAUGUGUCCCUGUUAAUUCUCCUUGACCUCUCAGCAACUUUUGAUACCAUCAAACAUGAUAUCCUUCUGGAGUAGCUGUCUUGAGUUGGGGUGGCGGUGGCACUGCUUUGUGGUUUCAGUCCUGCUUGGAUGCUUGCUUCCAGAGGGUGAUGCUUGAGGAGUGCUCUUCAGCUCCACAGAGCCUUCAGUGUUGAGUUCUUCAGGCCUCAAUUUUAUCCCCUAGGAGGUUUAACAUAUACAUAAAACCACUAGGUGGGGUCUUUCAGAUCUUUGGAGUAUGUUGUCAGCAAUGUGCUGAUGACACAACAACUCUACCUCUCCUUUACAUCUGCAGAUGGGGCAGUGGAUGUGCUGGACUGUUGUCUUGUCUUGCCUCGGUAAUGGACUGGAUGAAAGCCAACAAACUGAAGCUCAGUCCUAAGGGGGCAGUUCCUUAGACUGGAUGAUUGGGAGGUUACCUGCUCUUGAUGGGGUUACCCUUCCUCUGAAGCAGAUUUGUAGCUUGGGGGUGGGUACUCCUGGAUCCCAAGACAAAUACAACGGUGGGUGGGAUUGCUGACUUUUUUUCCUGGAUGCCCCCCCUUUAAAUAUAUCUUUUUUUGGUCAAAUGCAUAAAGCUGAAAUUGUACAGGUUAAAUGGAUGGAAGCUGUGGGUUGACUCUGUGUGCACGUGUGUGUGUGUGUUAUACCCCUGCUGAAAAUGUCUAUGGAAAUCUGUGGGUGGGUUUGGAUCAGACUGAAGCAGAAUGCAGUUAGCUAAUCCAGUGGAAAAUGAUUUGAAUCAGCCAGCUACUAAACUUAUCAGAUAGCUGGCCUAUAAUGGAAACCGAUAAAAUACUAAGUGUGCAGUGGGGUUGCAUCGCUCUGCGGAAACAGUGGGUUGCGGUCGUGUGGCAAAGGAGGCGUAGCAAAAAGGGAAACAGCAGUAGGAUGCAAUUCUGACUGAAGCGGGGGAGGGGGAUGAAAAGUGAGGUUGAGUUCAUCUGAGUUUGGGAGUGAGAUUGACAAAGUGGACUAUGGAGAGACCAAAGCCCAGCUUUAAGGACUCCUGGUCUUUUGCGCAGGAUUCUCGCUUUGGUGGACUGAUCCAGAGGUUUCCCAGGAAUAUUACUGUUUCUUUAUUUAUUGCAUUUACUAGUAUAUUACACCCCCCCCUUUUCUCCAAGGAGCUCAAGGGGGCAUACGUGGUUUAUCCCCCUACUCAUUUAAUCCCCACAAAGUCCCUGUGUUUAGGCUGAGAGGCAGUAGCUGACCUGUGAGCUUUAUGGCCAAGCAGGGAUUUGAAAGCUGCUCUUCCAGGUUCUAGUCUGACGCUCUGACCACACUGACUUGUAGCCUUGUGUUUAUGUCUAAUGCAAUGUCACUUGCCCAUUUCUAGGAAGAGUCGCCCCAGAACAGCCCUUCAGAAGCUCAAAACAACGACUUCCUACCCGGAAGAAGUAAAGAAAAAGAACUGAAAGACUACACUCUGAAACAGUUCAUCGGAAGUAAGCUUGUGUUUAUUUGCCCAUCUAGAAGCCCUGCUCGUCUCUGCAUACCCAAGUUAUGAAGCCUACACAUGUCUUGGUUCACACAUUACACAGGCACCCAUGUUUCCCCAUGUAGGCAUGAAUCUUUGGGCUAUUUGCUCCAGAGUUUGUUGCACACCACAGAGGUUGCUGCACUCACUUAUUUACUUGAGAGAAUUUGCAAAAACAAAUAAAUCCCAAGUAAUAUGGCUUUGCAUCUUGAAGGACCGAAUGCAGUUUUGGAGUAGAACAAGAUUAUACACAGGUUACCCUAACCCACACAACCUGAACCAACCUGAACCAAGAACUUGUACUUAAACUGUGUACACAUCACCUGCUUAAAAUGCAGCUAGAUUGUUUAUCAGUUUGGAUCCAAGUGAGUUUAGUGUGAUAUUUCAUAAAGAAAAGACAAGGAUGGAUAUCGAUUGUGGCUAACGUCUUGUGUGGAAGCAAACUGGAUGCAGUUUGCAUCACUAACAUAUUACUACUAGAGAGAGAGGUUUCUUGCUGUAUAAGUUACACAGAACAUGUUAGUGAUGUGGCAAGGUUAAAUGGGGGCAUAGACGGACCAGGGGAAGGCUCAAAUGCAAUUAACCUGGGUUUGGACUACAUGAGGACAGAGAGAUAGUGAGAUCUAGGAAAUGAAGAUGAUGGAGAGAAAAAAGAAAUGGCAGGAAUUAACUGUUCCAGAGAAUGGAGAGAAAAGGGGUAGGUUUCCUACAGUCCCAAGUAAGCAGCCUUAGAACCCUUCCAAGUUGAAUCAAAAAUCCAAAACUUCAUGCCCAAUUACCUGGUUUCUGUUUGUUUAAUUUGUUUUGUGACAGCAGGGAGCAGUGCUCUCCACAGAUCUUCAUUGCCCAUUAUGGACUGGUAUAAUACCCAAACACUUUUGGGCUUCAGCUUAAAAAUGAAUAAAUUUCUUCCUUUGGCCUUCCAGGUUGCUGUUUCUAUACCUUACCUGUUAUUGUGUCUUCUGGUUGCUUCAUUUAUUUGUCUGUUUGUUUGUUCUUGCACAUCAACAAUCAGUACUGAGACUAAGUUCACUGUUGUUUUGUUAUGUAUGUUGUGUUUGUUAUUAUGUAUUUCUUAUUUGUCCAAGAAAAUUUCAAUGGAAAUCCAUUUCUAUUUGUAUAAAAGAUAGGUUUUCCAGAGAGCACACUAAUGUUCCUUUAAGUUUCAUGAUUAAACUGCUAUAACAUAGAGAAGAGGCAGAGAGAUGGGGAGAGGCAGUAAGGUGAAGGGAGGACUACGAGAGCUGAGGAGGUCCGCUCGCAUGGGCAUCCAAGCAGGAAUUAUUAUUCUUGUUAUUGUUGUUAUUAUUAAACCCCAACCACCUGGCUGGGUUUCCUCAGCAUAUCUAAAAACAUAAUAAAAACAUCAAACAUUAAAAACCUUCUGAUACAGGGCUGCCUUCAGAUGUCUUCUAAAAGUUGUGUACUUCUUUAUCUCCUUGACAUCUGAAGGGAGGGCACCACUACUGAGAAUGCCUGCUUCUCUCUUCUCUGAAAAAAGAGAAGCAGAGGACAGACUUUUGCAGGGUGUCUUGAGCAGGAAUGGAUGAAUGGCAAUUUCAGUUCUCUGUUUCUCAUUUUUCCAGUCUGAAUUUCCCUUCUAAUUUCUGCAGCAACCUGCAGAUUUGUGGGGGGUUUUUAAUCUCUUUGAAAACAUUUUAGUGUAGAAAACAUUUAGGGCAGAUUUCUCCUAAUAAACACAUUUUUGUCUAGUUACAGGUAGGUAGCCGUGUUGGUCUGCCAUAGUCAAAACAAAAUUAAAAAAACGGCUACCUACCUGUAACUAGAACUAUGGAAGGUACCACAUUAAGCCGCAUGAAAUGGACCAAUAACAAACUUAGUUGGUCUCUAAGGUGCUACUGGAAGGAUUUUUUUUUUUUACAUUUUUGUCUGUGCUUUUGGCUAAUAUGCACUUUUCUGCAAGCAUUUCCCCAUGCUAUAAUAAUGCAUCUCCAUGUUAUUUUUACGAAUGUAUGCAUUUUAUGCACAUUUCACCCAAUAUAUGCAUUAUUGUACAUAUUAUUUGGUUGGGUAAUUGAAUUUUUUUUUAAAUGUAAAUUUCUAAGGAUGGCUGUGGUUUGGUUCACAUAUUGGUCUGAGAACUGGGAAUUACAUAGCUUCUCAAUGAAAUCAUAGUAUCACAGAAAGUUGGAAGGGACCCCAAGGGUCAUCUAGUCCAACCCCCUGCAAUGCAGGAAUCUCAGCUACAGCACCCAUGACAGCUGGCCAUCCAACCUCUACUUAAACACCUCCAAGGAAGAAGAGUCCACAACCUCACGAGGUAGACGAUUCCACUCUCACUGUCAGAAGGUUCUUUCUGAUGCAAAUAGAAUUAAAUUUCUCCUCCAUCCCUAUUCUUGAGAGGGGGGGCGGGUCUCCAAGAGAAAUGUUGGCUUCAUUCUGGAUCUCGUUACAUAAGAAUCAGAAAACCUAUCCAGGUUAACAAGAUCCCAUAUGGGAGAAGGUAGAGACAUUUCCCGGGAAAUGUAUACUUAGGCUUGAUCCCAUCACUAGUGAAGUUGCUUUUUUCAGAAUUAAUAACUGGAUCUGCAAACAAUAGAUAGAGUAAAUUUUCUAAUUAGGCCGGCAUGUAGUAGACACUGUGAACAUUCAGACUUACACUGCUGCUGUGGAAGGAGGUUUGGCUGAAAUCACUAUGGCUUCCUCCAGUUCCUUCAUAAUGGCCCUGAGUCCAUUUGCUCAGGGAAAAAUAGGUUUGUGGAGAAUUCCAACUGAAUGGCUCUUCCUGGUAACACCGGGCAGAUUUUAACCAACCACCAGACUACUGAUCUGCAUCAUGAUAAAGCGAUAAAGGGCCAAAGACGAGCCUAUAACUUUCUCCACGAUUGCAGGGGAAAUUCCAGACACGCUGUAAAACUGCAGCUUUAAAGCUCUGUCGGGAUGCAGCGUACUUAAGAUUGAUUUAGAGAUCUGUUAUCAGGCAGAGUAAUGGGGAACAUUCGCUGUCCGGUCCAAUAAAGCACUCUCUUUCUCCUCCGGAUUAAGCUAAAUGCCCUGUUCCUACUUUUAGCCUAGCAAGUUUUAUUUCCAUCAGAUAACAAUAUGCUUCCAAUCUGCCACUGUGCUUCUGGACGGCCAAGAAAAUGUUAAUCAGCCAGGGAGACAAAUUCCAGAGAGAGAGAGAGAGAGAGAGAGAGAGAGAGAGAGAGAGCACACCGUGCAAAGCAUUCUACUGCGAUAGAGGAAUCCAGCAGCUCCUGAGCUUACCACCCAGAGGGAAGGGGGUGCUUUAUCAGCUGAACUGCAAAAGACUCUUGGGCUGAGGAGUUGUUGUUGGUUUUUUGUACAGUGGUACCUUGGUUUACGAACUUAAUCCGUUCCAGAAGUCCGUUCUUAAACCAAAGUGUUCUUAAACCAAGGUGUACUUUCCCAUAGCAGCAGGGGACUCAAUUUACAAUGGAACACACUCAACAGGAAGCGGAACAUGUUCUGCUUCCAAGGCAGAGUUCACAAACUAAAACACCUACUUCUGGGUUUGCAGCAUUCUUAAUCCAAGUUGUUCAUAAACUAAGCUGUUCUCAAACCAAGGUACCACUGUAUCUUCGUUUUAGAUCCUGUUAUGAUCUACGUGGAAAUUGUUCAGUUUGGUUAUAUAUUUUUUAAUGCUUUGCUUCCUGUUUAUGACUACUUUUGUUGAAGUUAUGUGUGUGUGUAUUUCAUGUUGUAGGCCACCUUGAGCAUUUGUUUGAGUUGUGGAAAGGCGGCAUACAAAUAAAAUGAUAUCUGAUGAACUGCCAAGGAACAGCACCUUGUACAUUGGCAGAAGUCUUUGCGGGGAUGUUGUUGACCGCAAAGUCUGCUCAUGUGAGGGGUGGCCUGACUCGUUGGGCCAUGCCAUCAUCCUCUGUGGAGCGAGAGUUUCUACUGGCACUACUAUUCUGCCAUUGGAAUUUUUCCAUAUAAAGGAAAAAGGAGUAGGGAAGAGGGGAGUGUCUCUCUGUGUGGGUGUGGGUGUCUCUGUGUGACCUGGGCUUCCACCAGCUAGGUUUCAGAGCCUUCCUGGCCCAACCACCAGGGAACUCUUUCCUCUGCAAGCAUUGCAGAUCCUCCCCCCCCGCCCAUUUAUUAGUCACCUGACAGCGUAACUUACCACAUGUCCUCUGAAAUGCAGGUUCCUGAAGGGCACGGUGUCAACUGCCAUACCAGCCUCAAACACCUCACUUAGCACUCAGUCGGCUGACCAUACUGGCUCCACUGGUCAUAGAAUCAUAGAAUUGUUGAGGUGGAAGAGAUCCCCAGGGGUCGUCUAGCCCAGCCCCUUACAAUGCAGGAAUCUCAGCUAAAGCAUCCAUGACAGAUGCCCAUCCAACUUCUGCUUCAAAACGUCCGAGGAAGGAGAGUCUGUCACCUCCCGAGGGAGACUGUUCCACUGCCAAACAGCUCUUGCCGUCAGAAAUUUCUUCCUAAUAUUUAGUCAGAAACUCCUUGUUAGUUAAAUCCAUUGGUUUUGGCCCUCCCUUCUAGAGCAGCAGAAAACAAGCUUGCUCCAUCCUCCAUGUGACAGCCCUUAAGAUAUUUGAAGGUGGCUCUCAUAUCUCAAGUCUCCUCUUUUCUAUGCUAAACAGACCCUUUUAAGUCCUUUUAAGCCCCAGCUAGUUCUUUAGUCUGAGCAACAGAUUUUGUUGGACAGGCUAAACUGCCAUUCCUUCCUACAUAUACAUUACAUUGCCACCCUGUGUUGGCUGCCCUAAACUACCAUACUUGCUGUUGCUGUUGCUGCCGCUUCAAGACAAAAAACAGCCGAGUGGCUCCCAAAUUUUUUCACACCACCGCCCAUAAACCUAUACCCAGUUCCCUCUACCCUACCCGAUAAAAAACAUUAUUCAGAAAAAUGGUGUGCACAACCCACAAAGAAGAUAAUAACACAACAAAAUUCAGAAUUCCAAACAGUAGUUGCAAAUUUAUUUAAAACCCAAUUAAAACUAUUUAGUUUAAUGAAUUCAACAAAAAUUGAUUAACUUGAUCCAGUGACACCAGCUUUUCAAAGUCUGGCACUCAUUUAUACUUCUGGUGUCCCCUUGCCACUUAGCACCCCUUAGGUAUUCCCACUGCCCCCCAGGAGCAGAAGCACCCACUUUGAGAACUACCUACUUAGUCUGUGGCAGCAGGAAACAGCAACAGAAUAAUGCCUAUUAUUAUUAUUAAUUAUAAUUUGUUACUCUUUCUUCUGUUGCAGUGUUUCCUGUGGUUUUCAUGAGGCUGAUGAAGAACCCCAUCUUGGUUGUGGUCAUCUUGGCUAUGGUCAAUCUCUCUGGCAUGAUUGCUGGCAUAGCAACCUUCAUGGCCAAACUGUUGGAGAGGCAGUUCUCCCUGUCAGCAUCUGUUGCCAACAUGAUCCUAGGUGUGUGCUACUUCCUUGUUUCCAGAUCACAAGAUCUCAAGGUCAUUUAGAUCCCAUUCCUGUCGCGUUUAGUAAGGGGCAGUGCUGUGCCAAAUUUUGCCAGCGUUCAAUUUUUUCAGGGCAAAAAUCAUGAGUGGUAUCCAGCUAAGUUUUACUCAGGGUAAACCCAUUGAAAUCAAUAGAGAAAACAAUGCACCAUGUUAUCCCUACAUCUCUUUGCCAAGAGAUGGGAAGGGAUUGCGCUCUCCAUCAGGUGGUGAGCAGUCUUUAGGCUUUUGUUGUAGAAUGUACUUUGGGAAUCUAAUGGAUUCCCAAGAGCCCAGAGGAAAGUAGGGGUGGGCAUCUGAGUCUGAGUGUAUACUCAGUCCAGGAAUUUGCUUUUCAGUACCAGGCCUGAGCUUUUGACACAAAAAGAACUCCUGGUUUCCUCCCACCCAGAUUUCUUUCAGUAGUUCAAUGUGGGCGCAAGAGCUUUUUCACGGUCACUGUUCUUAAACAACUGGGAAUCAGAAACCCUUGUCAAUCUGUUGUUGGUUGUACGUGGAAUGCCUGCUCUAAAAUGGCAAAUGCAUGCCCAAUAGAAGUGCAGGAAUGUGGGUGCAACUGUACUUGCCAACCCCCCCCCCCAUUUACAAGGGGGUUACGUCCUGAGGCACCGUGCACAUCGGUGAAAUCACGUAUAUUUGAAGCACCGUUAGGAAAAACUGCAAACACCCACCCCCGCCCAGUUCCACCCCUUUUUAAAGAAGCUACUUUAAAAUAAGCAGGCUGUGGGCAGGGAAAGGUUGUUCUACUGGUGGAUCUCUGCAUUGUUUAUAUAUCUAACAAAAUCCACAUACCACCUGAUUGUAACAAAACCCCUGCAGUUUAAAGAAGGAACAGGCAGGGUUAUCGUUGCUUUUUAAAAAUGUAUUUUGUGUUCUGAUUUUGUAGUUUUAUGUUGUGAUCUUCAUGUGAAGGUUGGUAUACAAAUUUAACAAAUCAUCACCACCGUCCCACAGGAGCUGUCAACAUCCCGAGUGGCAUGUUCGGAAUCGCCCUUGGAGGUGCCAUCAUAAGGAACUGCCGCCUCUCCCUCACCCAGAUCGCCCUGAUGAGCGUAAUCAGCAUGGGUCUCUGUACCAUCUGUGACGUGCCGCUCUUCUUCUUGGGCUGCCAGACGCAGACGGUGGCAGGACUUGACCUUUCUGGAAGGUAUACAAGCAUGCCUGUUUAAAGGAAGAUGUGGGGAAGUUAUCCAGUUUAAGGCCAUAGAAGUGUAGGUUUGAAGAAAAAUGAAAGUCUUUAACUGUAGGGAUUUUCAGUUGACAUGCCUCUAUUCCUGGCUCCUUCCUUAAGUCUUCCUUUUUUCUUUGGCACUCCCUCCUCUUUGGUCUGCAGGAAACCCAUUUUCUGUCUACACCUUGUUAUAGGAAAAUCCUUGGGCUCACUUGCAUUGCCAAACAAAGACACCAGCUAGGAAUAUAGGAGCAAAACAGCAGCCUGUAGGACUGAUCUUUAUUUAGAAGACUGUUGCAGGACUUUCAGCCACCACAUGGAAAAAGCAGGAAGAAGCCCCGAACAAAGGAUGGCUCCCUUUUUUAUAAGUUUCCCUUUUUACCCACAACACCCUUAGUGAAGUAUCAUACAUACAUCAUAUAUACAUCACAGCUAUUUCAUAACCUGGGAGGGGUCUUCUGGCAGAAACCUGAGCAUCAGGUUUGCCCCUAUCCGUACCUUGACCUCCACUUCACACCGAUUAAGUACAGUGGUACCUAGGUUCUCAAACUUAAUCCAUUCCGGAAGUCCAUUCCAAAACCAAAGCUUUCCAAAACCAAGGCAGCUUUCCCAUAGAAAGUAAUGCAAAAUGGAUUAAUCUGUUCCAGACUUUUAAUAACAACCCCUAAAAUAGCAAUUUAACAUGAAUUUUACUAUCUUACGAGACCAUUGAUCCAUAAAAUGAAAGCAAUAAACAAUGUACUGCAGUCACACAAUCAAUCAGUGAAUCAAUCAAUAGUUGAACUGGGUUCCACACAAUCACAAAAACAAAACAAAAAGAGUGGCAAAAAUGAAACUGCAAAAUAAAUAGCAAAACAGACAGACCUCAGCAUAACUCUCAAAAUGGAAGUGUGGCACUCAAAUCGGAGCACAUUCGACUUCCCAAAGAAGUUCGCACACUGCAACACUUACUUCCAGGUUUGCAGUGUUUGUGUUCCAAGUUGUUUUGAGUACCAAGGUGUUUGAGAACCAAGGUACCACUGUAAAACAAAGGUGAGUAUGUACAUGGCCAAGUUAACCACACCUCUUUUGUCUUGACCAAGAUCCUAACCAACUGAGGUUAGGAUGGCUACUGUCUGGCACUCAGAGCCAGGAUGCCAGCAAUUAUCUCCCAUGCAAGAGGUUGCUGGGUACGUGAUCUUGGGCUUCAGGGAUUAUGGCUGCCCACUUCCCAAACUCCCCCCUUGGUAGUCAUUCAUUUCCUGAACAGAACAAAGUUGGAACGGCACAAAUCCGAUAUUGGAGUGAUUUUAUAUGACUUUCUAAAGUUUUCCCAUUCAGCCAAUACAUAGAUACAUUUCUCAGUGAACUGUUACAUUUGGUAUUGUGCAGCGGAGACCCCUUUGAAUAGAGAUGGGGGCGGGGACUGUGUAAUGAAGUGUUUUGUGGGAACAUUUGCGGGCGUGAUUGUGUUGAUUUUGGUAGUGGGGGUAUGUAUGAUGUCUGCUGGAGGGGCAACCUCCCCAACCUUUCUCCAAAUUCUGGUAACAACCUUGCGUAGCUUCUUCCAUCUUGCAUUCCCAUUUGCUCCUCUCAUGCUUCUCCAUACUACCUCUGAUUUCUGCCAUUGAGUAAAACUCAUACGAUCAGUUGACUAUCGUGUCUUGUACUGAAUGACAGCCCCAAUAAAUAUUUGCAUAAGCCUUUGUGCAAGCGCAUGCAAAAAUGUCCCAGGGCCGUGAUACUCUUGCUGACCUAAUUCUGUGCUUUUCCUUCUGCAGUUCUGGAAUUGAAGAACACGUUUUCGAUUGUAACCAAAUGUGCAAAUGCUCCCCGUCAGCCUAUAACCCUGUGUGCGGUGCGAAUGGUAUUGAAUACAUCUCCCCUUGCUACGCUGGCUGCACAGGGCUAAAUAUCGAAUCCGAAACACACAAAGUUCUGGUGAGUAUAGAUUCUUCUAGAUCUUCAUAAAGAAGCCUGCAAGAGGAAAGUGGUCAGGAAAGUGGUGGGCUUGAAGUGGAGAAGCAUCAGGUGGGAGGUGUCCCUACCUCUUCCGUGCCUCUGCUGCAAAUUGCCCUCUUUUGUUUUGGCAUCCAGAGUCCGCUACAUGCUCUUGCCUGCCAUGCAUAGUUAGGCCCUAAGGAACCACACUCAGUUCCCUCCACAUACAGGAUACCGGGUCAGCAUCCCUCAGGCAGGCUUGAAAAUGGGCACUGCUAAUGUGAAAUACACAUGAGCCCCAUGCUGGGCAAAAGAUUCCUGCAUUGCAGAGGGUUGAGCUGGAUGACCCUUGGGGUCCCUUCCAACUCCACACCAGUGUGGUGUAGUGGUUAAGAGUGGUAGACUCGUAAUCUGGUAAACCGGGUUCGAUUCCCUGCUUCUCCACAUGCAGCUGCUGGGUGACCUUGGGCUAGUCAUACUUCUGUGAAGUCUCUCAGCCCCACUCACCUCACAGAGUGUUUGUUGUGGGGGGGGGGAGGGAAAGGAGAGUGUGAGCUGCUUUGAGACUCCUUAGGGUAGUGAUAAAGCGGGAUAUCAAAUCCAAACUCCUCCUCCUCUUCCUCCUCUGCUGCUUCUUCUUCUUCUUCUCCUUCUUCUUCUUCGUUUGUGAUUCACGCUUUUAGAUUAAUGGAUGCUCCUUAUUCAAGAUGGGGGAAUGGCAAUGGGGAGAAGGGAAGGAGGAGAUCAGUCUUAACCUUUCCUCCCACCUGCCCCUGGUACUGUUGCCGUUGUUCCUUCUCUGACUUCCUGCCCCUUCCCUCAGAACUACACCAGUUGCAACUGCAUUGUUGUCGACGGCGGCUAUGGAUAUGCUACACCUGGGAGUUGCAGCUUCCACUGUUCCAAAUUCCUGAUGCCUUUUGUGACCAUCGCUUCCUUGUCCACGUUCCUGGGGAGCCUCGCACACACGCCGGGCUUCGUGCUUGUUCUGAGGUACUUCGUGACAUUUUAAAAGUACUUCCUAGGAACAUUUGAGCAGCGGCCUUUCUCUGUCAAGGAAUCUAGAUCAGAUGCGUUUGUGGGCUCUGCUGUCUUUGAAUGCCUGUCCUUCACAAAGGGGAGGGAAGAGAUGGUUCAUUAAAAAAACCCAAAAACAGUUUAUGCCCAGUUGUUUAUUGAUUAGUGUUCACCGGGAAUUACAUGGCACUUCACCGACAGACUCUUAGUCCCCAAAGAGCCUAUAGUCUAAACUUUGACAAUGGAAGAAAUGGCAGCUAUGGGGCAGGAAUGGGAAAGGCAAAGGAAGCAAAAAUAUGAAUAUGAACAAAUGCAGCUAAAUGCUCUCUCUUGAGCUCAGUUCAGUGGGAGUAAAGAAUAAGGGCAUAAGCCUCCUGUGAAAAGUGAGUUUCAGGGGGGAUUUUAAGGGAGAGAGCGAGAAGGAAGUGCCACCACAAAGUGUUUCGAAAAGAAGUUCCAGGCAUUAGGAGCAGCAAGGGAAAGAGAACAGCAUCUCUUCUGAAAAAUACACCUCAUGUGCAGAAAGUUGGAACAAGGGCUGGAAGGAUCUGUCCAUUUCAAUUCUCUUAGUUGAUUCCCCCCCCCCCCAACUUCCAAUCUUAAAUUCAGUUUUCCAGAUUUCUGCAGCAAUUUGCAUAUAUAUGGUUAUUAACCCUCAUGAAAAUUUACCCACGUUCUGUUGUGGAUUUCUUCCAAUAAGCACAUUUUUGCAUGCAGUUUCAACUAAUGUGCACAUUUUUGCAAGCAGUUGUUUUCUAGCGUAGCAGCAGAUCACCUAGCCUGAAGAGUCCCCAAGGGCUCACAGCCUUCUGCAGACAUGCCCCUUUGGCUCCCACCACUCCCUUUUGGCUUUCUCUUUCAGAAACGUUGACCCUGAAGAUAAGUCUUUUGCCAUAGGGAUACAGUUCCUCAUGCAGAGAGUUCUAGGUAAGUCAGAGGCAAGUGGUGCGUGUGUGUUUGGGGCACAGUCAGUUUGCUGUUUGGUGGUGAAUUUCGCAUCCUGAAAAGGAAAUUUCCAGCCUUGGUGGUUGUACAGAAAACUUGAACACUUGUUGAGUGUGCAGGGUGAAAUCUCAGAAGCCAGAGCAAUCUUUGCUUUCUGUGCAUUUUAACUUGUGGACACAUUCAAGAAGCAUUUACAGAUUUGACUGGGGUCCAAUAGGCCCCAAUAAAUUCAUAGUCAAAGCACACACACACUAUACUGAAUAAUUAUUCCAAAUUUAAGAUACAACAUAAGUUUUUUAUAGUACAGGUGUGCAAUUAUGCAGGGGUGAUAAUGUAAUGAUCCCCCCAAACAAUAUUACCGUAUUUUUCAAUCUAUAAGAUGCCCCCAUGUAUAAGACGACCCCUAUUUUGGGGGACUCCAAUUUAAGAAAAUGGGGGAGAUGGCCCCUGUGUAUAAGAUGCCCCCACAUUUUGGACAUUAUUUUUUAGGGGGAAAACCUAGUCUUAUACACAGAAAAAUACAGUAAUUCCCAUUGUGCUUGGCAGACCCCUGCUUACUAAUGCAAUGUUUUUCUUCAACUCAAACCCUUCUUGAGAAAAAGAACCAAAAUACAGUGGUACCUCUGGAUGCGAACGGGAUCCGUUCCAGAGCCCCGUUUGCAUCAUGACGUGAACGCAGUCCGCGCAUGCGCGGUUCACUGUUUCUGUGCAUGCGCGUGACAUCAUUUUGAGUGUCUGCGCAUGUGCGAGCGGCAAAACCCGGAAGUAACAUGCUCCGUUACUUCCAGGUCGCCGCAGAGCGCAACCCGAAAAUCCUUAACCUGAAGCUACUUCAACCCACGGCAUGACUGUAUAUGAAAUAGCUAACAUCGCCUUAUUUUAUCUGCCACAUCAACAUAAAGUAGGUGUUGUUGUUUUGUUUUAAAAUCAAACAUAUGCUAUCAUAAGUUUUCUUAAUGACAAAUAAAUCAUAGUAAAUAGUGAUAUACACACACACAAUUCGUGAGAUUAUAAUAUAUGUAAUCAAUAAUAAUAUAGAAAUGUCCAUCUAGUUCUUAAUUAUAAAAAAGAUAAAAAGAGGGGGGGAAAUAGGUGGUAAAAUUAAAAAAAUGAGUAGAAAGAGAAAAUGUAAGCCUUUACUCAAAACAGCCAUUUCCCACAAUUUGAUGUGACAUUCCGUCAAAUGGGGGCAUUUCCUUUCUCCACCAAUAUUUUGCAUAUGGAAUUGGUGCUACCACUAUCAUCUGAAAUAACAAAUUUCCCUCUUCACUGGGUGUUGCACUUUUCAACUACAUAAACAGAAAAAUUCAGAAAUCUUUCUGAACCUGGAGUUUCAAAACAGAUCUUGUAUUGGUUGUUGUUUCUUGCCAGUUUCUUUUAGCUUCAGGCAGUUCCACCAACUGUGUCUAAAAUCACUUCUGGUUGCACCUCAUCCCCAAAUGUGGAGAUAUAGCUAUUGCACUGUUAAAGCAAAGUGUUAAGCAUGUUGGGAUCAUUUGGCUCCCACCAGUACCUUGGAUAGGUGGUUGUCCCCCACCACACGUACAUUUCCAUUGCAAUUUAACUUACCCCAUACCUUUUACUGAGCCCCUCAAAUUAAAGACACACACAUACCAAAUAAUUUUAUUUUAGUUUUAUAAAACGACACACAUGAAGGGACAGGGGACCUGAAAUACAAUCAUUGCUCUUACUACAAUGGAAUACAGUAAGCAUGCAGUGGCAUAGAUAUGGGGUGGAGGCAUCUGUCUCGCUUAUCUAGAUCAGCCAGUAACAAACUGAGCUGAAGCUGCUCUUCCCAUUAGUUGCAGGCAUACGUAAUAAUGAAAUGCCUUCCUUAUUUAGGCUGCUCCAAAAUAGGAUGCCACGGAUCGGGGCCCCAUGCAAUCGUGUGACUCUCUUCUGCCCUGCAAUGAAACUGCCUGGCUAUUUCCCUGUUUCUUACUGCGAGGCCAGCAAGCAGUUUCCAAGCUGCUUGGGUGACUUCAACGCAGUGCAUCUCUAACCCCUUUCAGUUCUCCAAAACCUGCAAGAUGGCCAAGUGGUCCAGGCUGAAAUCUGGCAAUAUCAGGGCUGCUGUUGGAAAGGUCUGGGGGAGGCCAACUCUUAGGUGGCAUGAACCUCUUGCUUGCUUUUCUAGCCUGGCUGCCUGCCCCAGUGGUGUACGGUAGCCUCAUUGACACAGCCUGCGUCCUGUGGCAAUACAAGUGCCAAAAGAGAACAGCCUGCAGAUACUAUAACAAUGUAUUAUUCCGGCACAGGUAAGCCUCCUACUGAGCCCCUCUCUUUGUCCCCAUAACAGGUCACUAAUUUGGGGUGUGUGUGUGUGUUUGUGGUAUCAAUACUAUCUACAGACAAGGGUCAGGUUGAAAGGCAACAGCAAAAGAUGGAGUUUGCUUAUUUUAAAGAAUGCAUACCCUGCCCCUCAUUGCAACUGAUCUCAUGGCACAGCGAUUUUAAAAUACAGCAAAGUGAAAACAAGACAAAGCAAAAGAGAUGCAAAGUCCCACAAGACUGGCCAUCUGUUCAGGUGGCCAAGUGCAUAACACUUGCCCUUCAACUGCUUUUGGCUUUACUGAGUUUCCUCCUUCUGUGCAGGCCAUGUCUUCAGAUAACGAUGACUUUCAGAAGUUUCUUCUAGGUCAGAAGAUAGGGUUAGUUGUAUGAAUCUUAAUUUUAGCCACAGUAGUCCUUUCAAGCCCAAGGCAGGGCAUGUGGCAGAAUUUGGAUUCCUGGGGAGUGGAGAAGAAGGCCUGGCAUCCAUUUUAAAAUGGAAGGAUGGCUAGGCAGGCAGGUAGAUGCUGCACUGUGGUCCCUUUGACCUCACUGAUUUAUUCCUUUUAAUUUUUGGGGCCCUCAGGUUUGUUGGCCUUCAGAUUUUUUUGGAAGCAAGCUGCUUUGCGUUGCUUUGCAUUCUAUACUUCAUGUUAAAAAAGAAGGAGAGUGGAGCCCGCAGAGAAUCCGGCACCAGCUCUCCGUCAGUGGUCCAGGAGUCAGCUGCUUGA